AUGGCCGUUACCGGCAUGCUGGCUCUUGCCGGUCAGGCAUCGGCCGAAGACAAGAUCAAGAUCGGCGUCAGCUAUCCGACACCGACACACGCCUGGGCAGCCGGCAUGAACUGGCAUGCCGAACAGGCGGAAAAACGACUGGAAAAGCUCUACCCCGACGUGGAUCUGAUCCUGGUCAAUUCUCCUGACCCGGGUGCGCAGGCAAGCGCGCUGGAAGACCUCGUCUCGGUUCACCAGAUCGACGCACUUGUCGUGCUGCCGUUCGAAUCCGAACCACUGACCGACCCGGUUCUGAACGUCAAGAAGUCAGGCGCCUGGAUCACGGUGGUUGACCGCGGUCUCAGCCAACCGGGCAUCGAGGACCUUUAUGUGGCCGGCAACAAUCCGGAACUCGGCCGUGUCUCGGCACAAUACAUGAAAGGCCGCCUGAAAGACGGGGACAACAUCGUUGUCCUGCGCGGCAUUCCGACCGUGAUCGACAAUGAACGUUUCGAUGCUUUCAUGGAAGAAAUCGAGGGAUCCGGCAUCAACGUGCUGGACCACAAGCACGCCAACUGGAACCGCGAUGACGGCUUUGAGGUCAUGCAGGAUUUCCUGUCACGCUUUCCGGAUAUCGAUGCGGUCUGGGCCCAGGAUGACGACAUUGCGGUCGGUGUUGUGGCUGCGUUGAAACAGGCUGGCCGCGACGGUGAUGGCAUGUUCGUUGUUGGUGGUGCCGGCAUGAAGGAAAUCAUCAAGGGCAUCAUGGACGGUGACGAAUUGAUCCCUGUCGACGUUCUCUAUCCGCCGGCAAUGAUCGCAACCGCCAUGGAUGCAACAGUCAACGCGUUCAAGUCCAACGGACCGGUUGCCGGCCGCUACAUUCUUGGCGCGACCCUGAUCACCCGCGAGAAUGCCGAGAGCUACUACUUCCCGGAUUCGCCGUUCUAA